AUGACGUCGCACCUGCCCCGCACAAGCUCCCUCUUUCGAGGUCGGCAGUAGUCAUCGUCAAGUGAUUCUGUUUAGCUGAUGUCGUCGUCAUUUACAUAAGUACAGGUAGUCGCGGUUCUCCCUGAUCCAAACUCAUUCUUGUCAUCAUCCUUUCAUCUCCAGAUUCUCAGAACAACAACGUUCUUUUCAUACAAACCCCAAGCUUCAUCACCGUGUUAUCAACUUGCCCUACAAAACCAUCACAAUGGCCAACGCUACAGUCCACGUCACCAAUAUCGCUCCUGCCACCAGUGACAGCGAGAUCAAGGACUUCUUCAGCUUCUGCGGUAAGAUCGCCGACAUCAAGGUCACUCAAGAGGGCGAGACCAAGACUGCCUCCGUCACCUUUGAGAAGGAGACUGCCUCCAAGACUGCCCUUCUCCUGAACAACACCCAGCUUGGCGCCAACCAGAUCGCCGUCACCAGCACCUCGGGCGACAACACGGACGAUAGCGCGGACUUCACUAAGAACGCCGACCGCGACACAGACGAGAUCACCCAGGAGGAGAAGCCUCGCGCCCGCAUCCUGGCCGAGUACCUGUCCCAGGGAUACGUUGUUGGCGACGCUGCCAUCCAGCGUGCGAUCGAGCUCGACUCUACACAUGGCGUGUCCUCGCGCUUCUUGAACACUCUUCAGGGCUUGGACUCCAAGUACCAUGCCACCGACCGCGCCAAGGCCACCGACCAGAGCUAUGGCCUCAGCGAGCGUACAAAUUCGCUCCUGACCGGCAUCGGCUCGUACUUUGAGAAGGCCGCUAACACCCCGACCGGCCAGAAGAUUGUUCAGUUCUACACCCAGGGCCAGAAGCAGGUUCAGGAGGUGCAUGCUGAGGCCAGGCGCCUGGCUGAGCUGAAGAAGGAGGAGCAUGGCGGCAGUGCAUACAAGGCUUCUGGACUGGAGAAGGUGUUUGGUCAUGGCCAUGCUUGCACACACAACCACGCUCAGGCCGGCCAGGCCGCUGAGGGUACCGGUGAGAAGCAGCCAUUCGAGACAGCAGCAGCCGCUGAGGCCAGCAUCGAUGCCGGCGACCGCGUCGGCCUCAUGACGCCCUCCAACCCUGCCCCCUCAGACCCCGUCCCCGGAGUCAAGUCCCAGUCGCUGGACAAGUAAGCUGGAGUGCGUCAAAAGGAAUGAAGGGAGCUAUAAGUUGGAAUGGGAGAAAAUGGCGUUUGCUCACGACCUAUGACCGUUACGCAAUUCAUGUUCAGAACAGUGUUUCACUAUCCGUAGACCUAAUUUGAGAAAUUCUCUUGUCACA